AUGUUUGCCGCUUCAUUGUAUCCGACAAAUCUUUGGUCUUUGGGAGUAGCAUGGUUCGGACCUCGACAAACCAAGGCGGAACUGGCUGCUCCUGAUUUAGGAAAUACCGGUGGUACCUGGGAAAUUCCUUCCACCAUGAGCCUUGAUGGUGACCUUUCAGACUGUGUGAUAGGCCUUCCAGCCCCGGAGAAGCAGUCUGAGCUGGAGCACGAACAUAUCCCUGAAUCCAAAGGUACGCUGCAUAAUUCCGCAGGUCGUAGAGGUAAGCGCGCUAUGCUUAGGAUGCAUUUCGCACCACCUAUCCUACAAGCGAGACUGUAG